AUUAAAUCGUUCAACAUUGAUAAUUACAGAUACGAUAAAAGCUAGCACUAAGAUUACAAUAGUUAAUUAGUCCCAUGUAUACGUUCAAUGAAAUGAUAAAUAAAUUAAUUCAUACAAGGUUAUGUUGAAUUGUUUGAGGAAGAAACAGGCAAUGUUUUUAGAAAGGCACCUCGUGAGGCUAAUGGCGAACUGACUGGUGUGAUUCUACAAUGACUAAGCAAAUUUUUCCUGAAAGUGUGAAAGGUAGAAGAAAAUCCAAGUUUCGGUGGUUACUUGACGUAGGAACUUGAAAAAUUCUAUCGGGGAAAAGCUUCAUGGAAGGGAAGCGGUCUAUAAAAAUGGAUCCACUAUCGCCUGGCCCUUGUCUAGAUAUUAGCGACGAUGAACUGGUCACAAUAUCAGUCAGAGAUCUGAACAGACAAUUAAAACUACGUGGGCUUUCAAGAGAAGAAAUAGUUCGUAUGAAGCAACGCAGACGCACAUUAAAAAACAGAGGAUAUGCAGCUAGUUGUCGCAUCAAAAGAAUAGAACAGAAGGAUGAGUUGGAAUCAGAAAAAACUCAGGAAUACCGUGAUAUGGAAGCUAUGCAAGAAGAUAAUAAUCGCAUGAGGGAAGAAAUAGAAUCUUGGCAUUCUAAGUAUCAAGCAUUGAAGAAAUUUGCAGCAGAGAAAAAGAUUCACAUUCCACCUGAAUUGGAAACAAUGUAAAGUAAUUAAAACAUGCCAGUAUUGCAUGGAUAAAAAACAAAAAGAA